CCUGGUCAUUUCACUGCAUAGAAAGAGGAGCUUAACCGCACGAAUGGCUUCACAUUCUUUUACCUUCUUUCUUUCCCAUGCUCUCAUCUUGUUCUUGCUUCACCUAGCCUUACCUUGCUACAAUGCCGCCGCGAAACACGGCCACUCCCCCAGCCGACACUAUCGGCACCAGGCUCACCAUUCCAACCCCAGACUCUACCAUGCCUACAUUGCCCUUCAAGCGUGGAAACGCGUGAUCUACUCCGACCCCCGUAACUUCACCACCAACUGGUCCGGCCUGUCCGUCUGCAACUACACGGGUGUUUUCUGUGCGAAGGCACUCGAUGAUCCCAAAAUUCAGGUGGUGGCCGGUAUCGAUCUAAACCAUGCCGAUAUAGCCGGGUUGAUCCCGGAAGAGUUAGGCCUCCUGACCGACCUCGCUCUCUUCCACUUGAACAGUAACCGGUUCUGCGGGGUACUGCCGCAAUCUCUAUCUAAUCUCGCGCUUCUGUACGAACUCGAUCUCAGUAACAACAGGUUCGUGGGACCUUUUCCUUCGGUCGUUCUCUCCAUGCCUUCUCUUCAUUAUCUCGACAUUCGCUACAACGAGUUCGAGGGGUCGUUGCCUCCAGAACUCUUCAAGAAAAGCCUAGAUGCGCUAUUCCUCAAUAACAACCGGCUUACGAAUGCCAUACCUGCAAGUCUGGGCCAGACUUCGUCUUCCGUCCUCGUGUUGGCGAAUAACAACUUCGGCGGUUGCCUGCCGCCCAGCAUAGCUGACUCCGCCGACACCCUGGAGGAGUUGCUCCUGAUCAAUAUAAGUUUGUCGGGGUGCUUGCCUCCCGAAGUCGGGUUCCUGUAUAAACUGAGGGUGCUGGAUGUGAGCUUGAAUCACGUGGAAGGUCCGAUACCCUACAGCAUCGCGGGACUAGCGCACCUGGAGCAGCUGAACGUAGGACACAACAUGAUGACCGGCGUCGUGCCUUCCGGCGUGUGCAUCUUGCCGAGCUUGGCCAACUUCACUUUCUCCUACAACUACUUCUGCGAAGAGGAAGGGACGUGCAUGAACCUGACGUCCAAGGGCAUAGCCUACGACGAGAGCCACAACUGCUUGCCCGAGAAGCCGUUCCAGCGGAGCGAGAAGGAAUGCCAGGCCGCCCUCGAGCACCCGGUGGACUGUUUCCAGCAUCCGUGCACGGCCGGUUUCCGUGGCCCGCCUGCUUUUGCUCCCGCGGGGUUCCCGGCAGCAGCUCCUCUGCUUUCAUCACCUUCUCUUUCUCCUUCUCCUUCUCCUUCUCCAAGUCACUUCUAGUUUAUUUUUAGACUUGGGGUUGGACAUAUGGCACUGUAUAUGCUCUGGAUGUUACUGCAAAGCUUGUUUGUAUGUAUGUAUGUAUGUAUGUAUGUAUGUAUGUAUGUACGUAUUACAUCACUUUUACAGUUCAUGAAAAUUCCAAUUUGUGUAUAUGUCACGCCUGAAGAAACAGAUCAAUAAAAUAAAAAAUAAUUAAUAAA